CUCGUGGAAGGAAACGGGGCUGUUUGUGGAAUAUAAAAGAUGAACAAACUUCAGCCUGCGUUAUGCAACCGUCGCACUGCGUUGACUGCCGUCGCGUGACGCGCGCGCCGACUUUAUGGCACGGUUUCUCGCAUAAAUCCUCAGUGUCAGUGCGUGCGCGUGCUCAGCGCUGUGUGUUCCUUUGGGCUUCGGUUCUUGUCCCGAGCUCCGGUGUGCGCGCGCGCGGCUCAGUCACCGUGUCCGCGAGCACACAGCCAUGGCAGGAGAAGCCGCGGAUCAGCGCGCGCUGCAGUAUGAACAAACUUUGAUGUAUGGUCGCUACACACAGGACCUGGGUGUGUAUGCGAAAGAAGAAGCAGCGCGUUUGAGGGAGGAGGCAGCGUUCAGACGUCUGGUGACUGAGAGAAGCCGAUCUCUCGAGCUCCUCGAGUACGACAAGAGCCGCUGUGCCAAGUGCAGGAUCUGUACAGUUCACUGUCAGAAGUUCCUGAUCUCACGUGUCGGGGAGGAUUGGAUCUUCCUUAUCCUGCUUGGACUUGUCAUGGCCCUCGUCAGCUUUGUCAUGGACUUUUGCAUCGCCAUCUGCCUACAAGCUCAGAAGUGGAUGUAUGGUGGUUUGGACAGUAACAUGGUCUUGCAGUACUUGGCAUGGAUCACUUACCCUGUAGUCCUCAUCAGUUUCUCUGCCGGAUUCACACACAUCGUAGCACCACAGGCUGCUGGUUCUGGUAUCCCUGAGAUGAAGACCAUUCUGAGAGGUGUGGUGUUAAAGGAGUACCUCACUCUCAAAACCUUUGUAGCCAAAGUCAUUGGCCUAACAUGCGCUUUGGGUAGUGGGAUGCCUCUAGGCAAGGAGGGUCCAUUUGUGCACAUUGCCAGUCUGUGUGCUGCACUUCUUUGCAAGUUUAUGUCACUCUUCGGGGGAAUUUAUGAGAACGAAUCACGGAACAUAGAAAUGUUGGCUGCUGCAUGUGCUGUCGGUGUCGGUUGCUGCUUUGCUGCCCCAAUUGGAGGCGUGCUCUUCAGCAUUGAGGUCACCUCCACGUUCUUUGCUGUGAGAAACUACUGGCGUGGGUUCUUCGCUGCUACCUUCAGUGCCUUCAUCUUCAGAGUACUGGCUGUGUGGAACCGAGACGAAGAGACCAUAACUGCUCUCUUUAAGACUCGAUUCCGCCUCGACUUUCCCUUCGACCUCCAGGAACUGCCGGCGUUUGCCGUUAUUGGGAUAGCAAGCGGCUUUGGCGGCGCUCUGUUCGUUUACCUGAACAGACUCAUCGUCCAGUUCAUUAGGAAGCAGAAGGUGAUCAACAAGUUCCUCAUGAAGAAGCGUCUUCUAUAUCCUGCCCUUGUCACACUGCUGAUCUCCACAUUGACGUUUCCUCCUGGAUUUGGGCAGUUCAUGGCAGGCCAGCUGACCCAAAAGGAGUCUCUAGUGACGUUGCUGGACAACCGCACAUGGGCGAAACAGGGCAUUGCUGAGGAGUUUGAGUACGACGGUCAUGCCGCUGCCUGGAAACAUCCACAGGCCAACGUCUUCAUCACACUCGUCAUCUUCAUCGUGAUGAAGUUUUGGAUGUCUGCUUUGGCCACCACUAUCCCAGUACCUUGUGGAGCUUUCAUGCCCGUCUUUGUAAUCGGUGCUGCUUUCGGCCGGUUAGUAGGUGAGAGCAUGGCUGCUUGGUUUCCUGAAGGUAUUCAUUCAGACGGGGUUGUGUAUUCCAUCGUACCAGGAGGAUAUGCUGUAGUUGGUGCGGCGGCCUUAUCUGGAGCAGUAACACACACCGUGUCGACGGCGGUGAUCGUGUUCGAGUUGACUGGACAGAUCAGUCACAUACUCCCUAUAAUGAUCGCUGUUAUAUUAGCCAACGCCGUGGCUCAGAGCCUCCAGCCGUCAAUUUACGACUCCAUCAUACGCAUCAAAAAACUACCGUACCUUCCAGAGCUCGGCUGGGGACACCACGAGAAAUAUAACAUUCGUGUGGAGGACAUCAUGGUGAGAGACGUGAGGUUCAUCACACUGAACUGCACUUAUAGAGACCUGCAUGAUGUCCUGCUCACCGAGCGACUCAAAACACUUGCACUGGUCGAGUCCUCGGAGUCGAUGAUCUUAUUGGGCUCGAUUGAGCGCGCUCAGUUGCAGGCACUGCUGUCCAAUCAGCUCGGUCGGCCACGGAGACUCGAGUACCUCCGUCAGCGCUCACAGGAUGAGAAGAAACACUGUGACGCACACAUCAGUGAGGAGAAUGUUCACAAGAACAACCAGGAAGUUCGCUUUCAGAUCUCUACGGAGGAAUCCUCGUUCACUCCUCCUCGUUCCGUCUCACCGAAACCGCUGAAGCCUGCACUGAAACGACAACCAGUCGUGGAUAGAGGCUCACAGAUACCAUCAAGUCAGGACUCGGGCAUCGCCUUAAAGAACCUCUUCUGCACCCACCCAGAUACUGAGGGGGCAGAGGACGACGACUUUGAGGAUGACAUGACCAUGAGAGAGAUCGCUGAGUGGGAGGAGCAACAGCUUGACGAGCAGGUGAAUUUCAACAACUGUAAGAUUGACCCCGCCCCCUUCCAGCUGGUGGAGCGCACCUCACUGCACAAGACACACACCAUUUUCUCUUUGUUGGGUUUGGACCACGCUUACGUCACCAGCAUCGGGCGUCUCAUAGGGGUCGUGUCACUCCGAGAGCUGCGUAAGGCCAUCGAGGGUUCGGUGACGGUGAAGGGGGUGAAGGUGCGCCCCCCACUGGCCAGCUUCAGGGACAGCGGCACCAGCAGCAGUGACGCUGAAGUGACUGAGCUCCACAAACUGUGGAGCCGCCACACCAACAUGACGCUGCCGAGGGACCAUCAGCCGUCCGACUCGGACGAGAAAUCUCAGUAAAAAAACAAAACAAAAAAAACAGUGAAAGAAAAGAUGAGGGAGAACGGACGAAAGGAGUUUUGGAUAAUGCUCGUAAUUAAUGUACAAAUUAUUUUGUCUGUGUGUUUUUCUACGAAAGCUGAAGAGCUCCACACUUCUAGGUUUUUCUUUCUGUAAAGUUCUGUAUUCAGGUCGCUGGUGAACGCUUGGCAAAACGGAUUUUAAGCUCAUCUUUCAUGUCCCGCCUCUUCUGCACUGAUUCACUGGUUUCGAAAAAAGGGGCUUUCCAAUGCUAACACUUCCUGAAUGCGAACAAUUUUAGACAAAACUACAUAGUCGCUAUUCUUCUCUCGUUCUUCCUCCUAUCUUUCAUCUUUUGCAUUUUUUACAUAGAGUCUUCCUAUUGUAUGCAUUCUGAUGCUAGAUACAGUUACAAAGUGAUAUUUUGCAAUAUUUACACACUUUUUAAUGAGCGCUUUUAAAUUUCAUGCCUGCAUACGCACCUUUCGUCUUUUCUCUUUGUAAACUAAAAGAGCAACACUCCUGUUGUUGUUUAACUUAUUCUUAAAUGCUAAUUAAUAUCUGUAAUUUAUGGAUUGUUUGUACACUAACCGCUCGUUUGAUUUUUAAUUCUUAUGCAAUUAUCAAAAACAGACAUUUAAUAUUGUUCUCAUUAACUGUGAUGCACUUUGUUAUAAAAAAGUUCUUUUUUUUCCCUCAAAAUUUACCAACACUACAAAAUUUAAAUAUCGAUUAUUAAUUAUCAGAAUUUUCAAUUAACUGAUUUUUUUAAAUUUAUUUAUAAAAUUAUGCUCAUUUGGAAUCGUUUGUAAAAGCUAAAAAUCAAUGUCCAAGCUGAUCUUUUCCAUAUCUGUGUUCAUUUUUUUACUUCAGCUGAAUUUAACAUUCCAGUCUAUUGUCCAUGUCCUGGUCUGAACACUGAGAGAACUUGUAGAACCUUUUGUUGGGUCUGAAGAACCUAAGGUUUCAAUUUCCAGAUUUGUUCCUGAAGGAACCUGUCUGCAUCUCAUCAUCUCAUUAGAGGAGAACCUGGUCUUUCAUAUGUUGGGUCAGAUGUUCUUACUUCCUGCAGAAUAUUCCUCUUAGGUAAGAUUUCCAGAAUCUCAUAUGAUCUUCUUUUGGGUUUGAAGAAUCUGUGGUUCUUUUGAUGUGCUCUUCAAAGAAGUUGUCCAUGUCUCGUCAUCUCAGAUCCGGAGAGUCUUUCAUAUUGGCUCACAUUGUCUUACUUCCUGCUGAUUUUUCCUUGUCCAUGGUUUUCAGUAUCUCAUGCGAUCUUCUUUGGGUCUGUAAUAUAUGAAAGUUGCAACGUUACUCCACAGUUCCUUGACUUGCUUGCCAGUGCAGAGCCCAGACACUCCAUUCCAGUCAGACACUCCAACAUCUUGCUGAAUACUUGCUUGAUUAAAUGUUUGUGGUAUCUUUAGGACCCAAGGUUCCAGUAUUCAAAAGACACUUUUCAAGCACAACCUAGUCGUGCAUAUCCCAUGUUCUGUUUAAUAUUCUCCUGAUGGAUCUGGUGUAAGAUCUCACAUUUAGUCUGUUGAUCAAACAACUUACAUUUUCAAAUGCCCAAUAUAUUCCUUCAGGAACCAACAGAAGACCUGGUCAUUCUCAUUAGGUGGUUCUGAUGUUCAUUUCAUCUGUUAAAAUGUUCAAUGAUUCCAAGUUUUCAAAUUUUUCUCAUAUAGCCAGUCAACUUUUUGGGCUGUUCAACUGCAAUGCAACUUUGGGACACAAAUUUGAGCGGGUUCCUCAAGGAACAGCCAGGGACGAUGAAUUCAAAGUACCUGUGAUUCUCAGAUCCCAAGAUUUUCUUGAAUUUCAGCAUAUCUAUGUUUUGCUUCUUCUCAUGAAGAGCAUGUCAUUCAGGUCACUCACCUCCUGGCUUAGACACCUUCUAGUUCCUGUUAAAAAUUCCUUAUAUUGCAUAUUUGGUGCUCAGAUCUCAAAUUGUUCUUUGAGGAACUCGACCAUAUUUUGGUCGAUCCAAAAGAUCAGAUUCUCAUUUUUCAUGUCUUGGAUUUAGGUCUUCCUGUUGAAGGUCUCAGUGCUUCCAGAUUUUUAAAAUAAUUACAUCACUUUCAUUUACCCUUGGUUCUAAUGUUUAUACAUUCUUGGUAGUCUUAAGUAUCUAGAUAACCACAAAUCAGACAUGGAACAAGACUUUGGUGGUCUUUCAGGAUUUCCUGAUUUAGGUGUCUAUGGUCUAGCAGUGCUUUUCUGUUGGUCAGUAAAGCUCAGGUCUACCAGUUAAUCACAAUCUUAACUUCGGUUCCCUUUUCUGUUCAGAUACCAUGCGGGCCAAGCGCAGGAAAUGUGGGUGGGGUUAAAAAUAGUCCAGAGCACUGAUUAAACAAAGUCUUUAAUCGUUCAUUUAGUGCUUUUUUAUGAUCUCUCUUAGCUGUUAUUUACAUUUUGUUUGCUGUGUAAAAUCUGCCCUCUAUUCACUAUGCAUGCUGCCUACAUAGGGUACAACAUAAUGGUGCUGGAAACCCUAGUUAGUGCACUGCAUUCACAAUAAAAUGCCUUUUGAGAUUAUUCAAGGGAAAACGCUUCGGUUUUUCACAAGUUUGGACUGUCUCCUUCUGCUGAGACGAUAGUAUUCGCAUAUCUAUUUGUCUUUACUAAGCCAGAAUCAAAGAUUUGGUUUAGCAUCAAAUAAAAUUGACCCAUUUUGCGUAACUAGUCUCUAACCCGACUACCUCCACUGAAACUCUUGCUUUCACAGAUUCAGGAAGGUUUUUUUUGGGGGUUUUUUUUCCGAGGGCAGCAUAAAUCCCAUUUUUGAAUCAGGAAUUGAGCCGUGCUGUACCAACUGGUGGAAAAUCCUUAAUAGUUCGGAUGCUUUAAUACAGUUUUUUAGACAAGGUCCAAGUAGAAAUACAUUUUAGGUACUCGUCAAUGCCGAAGGGAGUAACAUAUUUAGUAUUAAUCCUACACUGCUAUAAUCCUGUAUAACACCACCAGCUAUCUUGUAGCAUUAAAAAGAAGCACAUUAGCUAGCUACAUUAGUUAGCUUGGUUCAUUUAGGGUUGCGUUUCAGGUAGUCUGGUCAACAACGUAUGCUCGGAUUAUCACAUAGUAUCACAUCGUAUCAGAUGUUUGUCACGACGCAGUUUUACAACUAUGAGCAAUUGAACAUGAGCGAUAUCCAAUGCAUCUCCAGUCGCUGGGUAUCUAAAGUGUGGACAGGAUGCCAAUCUACAGUAUCUAACUGCAUGCCUUAACAUGAGUUGAGUUGUGUAAUAAAUAAGUCAUUGCAUGUUGGAGGGUUUGUUAAAUCAAAAACGGCAAAUACAGUAUUCGCAAAGAAUUUCAAGUAUUUUUGCCUUGUGCAUUUCUAAUUGUCUUCUAGAUCAAGAAACAGAUAUGGAUGCUCUUCUUUCUUUAUUGUCUUAUUUGUCAUUGUGGAUGUUUUUGUCAUGUUAUCCAGUGCUUAAUAUAUAUUAAUAUUUUUAUGAUUGUACUUUUUUGUUUGUUAAAUCAACGAUUCUGAUUUUAAUUCUUGAUUCUGACAACUGUCCAUUACUCUCCCUCUGACCAAUACGCUCGGGUAUGGUUUGGUGUUGGGCUUUUUUUUUUCCUAAAUGGCGCACCUUAUAGCUAUGAUUUAAAAUGUUUGAUAUUAGGUUUACAGAUUUAAUAUAUUUGUCUUCUAACAUAUCAGUACUGGAAUGAUCGCGUAUUAACGUAAGAUCCGAUCAAAAUUUUUUGUUUGUUUGUUUGCUUGUUUGUCUGUUAAUGACUCCAGUCCCAACAGGGAAACGUGCUAGGUAGCGUUACUCUGAAAUCUUGAGCGAAUGUUAAGCUUUGUAUGACGAAGUGCCUAAAAACAUAUAAUUUUUCAAAAGUGUUGUAAAUAUCUACACACUGAUACCCACAAUGUUGAUUUUAUUUAUUUAUUUUUUUUUUAUUUCUUACACUCCAUUACACACAUUUCAUUUCAACUUGGGUAUCCAUAGCAACCAGUUCUCGUCUUUAUCGUCUUAACAAGACACUGAAAAAAAAAAAUCAUGAUCAGCCUUUUAUUUAUUUCUUCAGUUGCCUUUUGUGUUUUCAUCUCACUUGUUUUUAAUCACAAGUGCAUAUUAGCACAAUAGCAAUCGAUCGAGCAGAGCAAUAGGAAUUCUUCUUUUGGUGUUGUUAAUGUUAUAAUAUUGUUAUCUCAAAACGAAUGACUCUGUGCAAUAACGAAUGUUUCUUUUUGAGAGAGAGAGAGUGUGUGUGUGUGUGUGUGACUGUGAUUAAGCCUCGACAUGGAUGACAGAGGACAUUAUUUUUGUAAAGAACUGAUGCUACGGUACGCACUGAGGCUCUGUUUGUCACAUCAGCUGAUGGAAAAAGCACAGAGUGUUGAGGGAAUUCUUGUUCGGAAAAACCACUGGCACUAAAAAAGUAAAUACACACACACACAAAGAUGUGUCCAUUUCUUCAGACAACAAAAGGAUUGUUUCAUAUCAGGGAUGAAUAAAGAGAAUUUAACAUAA